UACAAGUUGCUCCCCAAACUCAAACUCAAACUCAAACUCAAACUCACCUCUCUUCUUCUAGUUCUAGUUCUAGUCUACAGCUUAGCAAUGGAUUCUUUGCGUGUUCCCUUGCAUUUUUCUUUUUCUUCCUCACGAAGUGAUCUUCCUCGCAAGCAAUUCCAUUCCCACUUCCACUUCCUUUCCAAUUUCUCUUUCUGCAGUUCCCGAAUUUCUCUCCCUCUCAACAUGGACGUUUCGAAACGCUCUUCUCCAAUCAUCGUCUGUGGCGUUUCGUCUACCCAAACCGCCAGAGAGGAGGAGAAGAAAAAGAAUAAAAAGAAGAUGAAGUCUAAGCCAGGACAUGGGAAGGUACGGUUGAAUGUUAGGCUGGAUCACCAAGUUAAAUUUGGAGAGCAUGUUGUGAUUUUGGGAUCAGCCAAAGAAUUGGGAUCUUGGAAGAAGAAUGUUGUGCUGAAUUGGACGGAAAAUGGAUGGGUAUGCCAGUUGGAAUUGCAAGGAGGAGAGUCUGUGGAGUUUAAGUUUGUGAUUGUUGGCAAGGGCAAGAGUGUGGUGUGGGAAAGUGGGGAUAACCGUGUCGUGAAGUUGCCUAAGGGAGGGAGUUUUGGGAUGGUUUGUAAAUGGAAUGAAACAGGGGAGGCUGUGGAGUUACUGCCUUUGAGCUUUGGGGAAAAUGAGGAGAAGGAGGAAGUGGAUUUUGGUGAUAAUGGGUCUGCUAUUACUACUGCUGCUAGUCCUUUGGAAGUGAAGGCGAGUCCGUUUGUCGGGCAAUGGCAGGGGAAAUCUGCGUCUUUCAUGCAAUCGAAUGAGCAUCGAAAUCGGGAAUCAGAUAGAAGAUGGGACACUUCUGGUCUUGAAGGCUUGGCUCUCAAGUUAGUUGAAGGUGAUCGAAGUGCAAGGAAUUGGCGGAAAAAGCUUGAAGUUGUAUGUGAGCUAUUAGUUGAAAGUUUACAAACUGAUGAUCGGUUGGAGGCUCUCAUAUAUUCAGCCAUAUAUCUGAAGUGGAUAAACAUAGGGCAAAUUCCUUGCUUUGAAGAUGGAGGUCAUCACCGGCCAAACAGGCAUGCUGAGAUAUCCAGGCUUAUAUUUCGUGAAUUGGAACGAGUUUCUUGUGGGAAAAAUAUUUCACCUCAGGAAGUACUUGUUAUCCGCAAGAUUCAUCCAUGUCUGCCUUCUUUUAAGGCAGAAUUUACUGCAUCUGUUCCUCUAACUCGUAUUAGAGAUAUUGCUCAUCGGAAUGAUAUCCCUCAUGACCUCAAGCAAGAAAUAAAGCACACAAUACAAAACAAGCUUCACCGUAAUGCGGGCCCAGAAGAUUUGGUUGCUACAGAAGCUAUGCUUGCAAGAAUUACCCAAAACCCUGGAGAAUAUAAUGAAGCGUUUGUGGAGCAGUUCAAAAUUUUUCAUAAAGAACUCAAAGAUUUCUUCAAUGCUGGAAGCCUCACCGAACAACUAGAAUCAAUCAGUGAAUCAAUGGAUGAGCGUGGCCUUCCUGCUCUGACGUUGUUUUUGGAGUGCAAAAAGAAUUUGGAUGCUGUUGAAGCAAGUAGUUCUUCAGAAAACAUUGCCAUUGACCUGUUAUUCAAAACCAUGCAAUCUUUGAAUGCUCUCAGAGAAAUAAUUGUAAAGAGUCUUGAAAGCGGUCUUAGAAAUGAUGCCCCUGAUGCUGCGAUAGCUAUGCGUCAAAAGUGGCGACUGUGUGAGAUCGGGUUAGAGGACUAUUCAUUUGUUCUUUUAAGCAGAUUCCUCAAUGUGCUUGAAACUGUGGGAGGGGCUCAUUGGCUGGCAAAGAGUGUGGAAGCUGGGAAUAUAAACUCUUGGAAUGAUCCUCUUGGUGCACUUGUUGUUGGCAUUCAUCAGUUAGGAUUAUCUGGUUGGAAGCCAGAGGAAUCUGCUGCCAUUGAAAAUGAACUUCUUGCCUGGAGAGAGAGAGGUCUCUCUGAAAGGGAAGGAAGUGAAGAUGGCAAGAUGAUCUGGGCAUUAAGGCUUAAAGCUACUCUUGAUAGAGCCAGGAGGCUAACUGAAGAAUAUUCUGAAACGCUUCUUCAAAUAUUCCCUCAAAAAGUCCAGAUGCUAGGAAAAGCUUUUGGAAUCCCUGAGAACAGUGUAAGGACAUAUGCUGAAGCUGAGAUUCGUGCUGGUGUAAUUUUUCAGGUUUCAAAACUAUGUACCCUUCUUUUAAAAGCUGUUAGAAGCACAGUUGGUUCUCAAGGUUGGGAUGUUCUUGUUCCAGGAGCUGCUCUGGGAACAUUAGUUCAGGUUGAAAGCAUUGUACCUGGUUCAUUACCAUCUUCAGUUGAAGGACCUGUUAUUCUUGUUGUCAACAAAGCUGAUGGAGAUGAGGAGGUAACGGCUGCUGGGAGCAACAUAGUAGGAGUUAUACUUCUGCAAGAGCUUCCUCACUUAUCUCAUCUUGGUGUUAGGGCCCGACAAGAGAAGGUUGUCUUCGUGACAUGUGAAGAUGAUGAGAAAGUUGCUGAUAUAAAAAAAUUUACUGGAAAAUCUGUGAGGUUAGAAGCAUCCUCAACUGGUGUUAACCUAUUUCCAUCUACACCAAAUAAUAGCAUUAGCGAUUUUGCUGGGAAAGCUCUAGCAGGUAAUGGUUCACCCAGGGUUGAAUCCCCAGUACCUCAUGAGCCUUCCUGGUCUGCUGUCAAGGCCCCUGACUCCAAUCAGGGUUCUUUUACUGGAGGAGUUUUACUGCUUGCUGAUGCAGAUGCACAGAAUUCAGGUGCAAAGGCAGCCGCUUGUGGUCGCUUAGCUUCUUUAUCAGCUGUUUCUGAGAAAGUAUACAGUGAUCAAGGGGUGCCGGCUUCAUUUCAUGUCCCAGCAGGGGCAGUGAUACCUUUUGGGUCAAUGGAAUUGGCAUUAGAGCAAAGCAAAUCUGUUGAAACAUUCAGGUCUCUCCUAGAACAGAUUGAAACAGCUAAACUGGAAGGUGGUGAACUUGACAAACUCUGCUGGAAAUUACAGGAACUGAUCUCAUCCCUAAAACCCCCAAAAGACAUCAUUGAUAGCAUAGGGAGAAUAUUUCCAGGCAAUGUGCGCUUAAUUGUUCGUUCAAGUGCCAAUGUUGAGGACUUGGCUGGAAUGUCAGCUGCUGGACUUUAUGACUCAAUUCCCAAUGUUUGUCCUUCAAAUCCAACAGUUUUUGGAAAUGCUGUUAGCCGAGUAUGGGCUUCGUUAUACACUCGGAGAGCAGUUCUAAGCCGAAGAACUGCUGGUGUGCCUCAGAAUGAAACUACUAUGGCAGUUCUGGUGCAAGAAAUGCUUUCACCAGACCUAUCCUUUGUACUCCACACACUUAGCCCAACAGACCAUGAUCAUAGUUCUGUUGAGGCUGAGAUUGCUUCAGGCCUUGGUGAAACUCUGGCCUCAGGUACCCGUGGAACACCAUGGCGUCUAUCCUCUGGGAAGUUUGAUGGCCUGGUGCAAACGCUGGCAUUUGCGAAUUUCAGUGAGGAGCUUCUCAUACUGGGUGCAGGUCCUGCUGAUGGGGAAGUUAGCCAUUUGACUGUAGACUACAGCAAAAAGCCAUUGACGGUUGAUCCAAUUUACCGUAGGCAGCUUGGUCAGCGCCUUUGUGCAGUCGGGUUUUUCCUUGAACAGAAGUUUGGCUGUCCGCAGGAUGUGGAAGGAUGUGUUGUUGGCAAAGAUAUCUACAUUGUCCAGACACGGCCACAACCUCAGUAAAAGCGUCUCUUUUCCAGACUCAGUGCUCGCUUUUAAAGUGGCACUUUGAGAUCAGGCACUAUUGAUCUUUGCCAAUGUAAAUGAUAGCUGCCGUUUGGAACACUUAUCCAUAUAUGUGCACUAGAACACAGUUGUAUUUGCGAUCUUGAGCAACUCAGUGGAAGUGUGGAUUUUGUAUGCUUGGUGCUGAUAGCUCAGAUGUGUACGAAGUGUGGCUUUUGUAUGCUUGGUGCUGAUAACUCAGAUGUGUACAAGUUCCGAAGAUGUAAACACACAGCUUUUUUGCUUAAAAAGUCUAAAAGAGAUAAGAGUGGGAA